AUGAAGGUUUCUAGCUCUGACUUCUCCAACGUUGACGGACAGAACUUCAGUAAGUAUAUGGUAAGAGAGUCUCUGUUGUAUGGUGUUGAGCUAAGGCAAGCAGAUCAAGAAUCACCAAAGUUCGUACCAACAAGGGAGCUUGCUGCUGCUGUUGUCAAGAUACCUAGCAAAGACUUGAGCCAUGCUGAACAGCAGACUGACGAGGAAGUUCUGGAGAAGGGCUACGCCAAGUGUUCACCGGAGGAUAGAUGCUCUUACAGCUGGGAAGACAGUACUAUAGUCAUUCUUCCAGGUGGUGUCCAUAGCUCACCAAACAAAGGAGAACCUUCGCCACUAAUUGACCGUUGGAAAUCUGGUGGGUUAUGUGAUUGUGGAGGUUGGGAUAUUGGUUGUAAACUGCGUGUUCUCUCCAACCAGAACAAAUCCUGUCAGAAUCUGAAAGCAUCCACAUAUUAUCCUUUUUCCGAUCAUUUUGAACUUUUCGAUGAGGAGGGAGCACGGCAGAACAGGCCAGUUUUCAGUUUGGCACCAGGGAAGGAUGGAAGCUACUCGAUUGAAUACAAUACAUCACUUUCUUUGUUUCAAGCAUUCUUCGUCUGUGUUGUUGUGAUCAGCAGUAGGAAACCAUCAGAUCUGUCGGAAGUGAGUAACAGGUCAGAAGCAAAAGUUUUCCAGGAACCGAGUUUGAUUGGAAACAAUGGAAUCCAGGUGACAGGGCCAGCAAAAUAUGCCCCAAAUCCACCACUGUCCCCCAUUGAAAGAGUCUAG